AUGAACCAGGGCUCUGUAAGUCUGCCCAAAGGCCAGCCCCCAAGAGCCCAGACCAAGGAGGAAGGAGGUCCCCAGGUCCUGGCAUCUCCAGUUGCUGAAGGCAGAGGCUCGAAGCUGAGGGUGCCGCAGGAGAGUCUGACGCCCCAGGAGAGGGCAGAAGCAAAGGCUUCCAAGGAGGGAGAGAUGGAGGAGGGGGAGGUGGACGAACCUCCGGAGCCCGUGUACGCGAACGUAGAGAGGCAGCGUCGGGCCACUUCACCGGGCGCUGCCGCGGCCCCCCACCCCAGCCAGGUGUCGGAGACGCACACGGACGCCAGCACCGGCCGCCCCUACUACUACAACCCCGACACGGGUGUGACGACCUGGGAGUCGCCCUUCCAGGCUGCCGAAGGCUCCGCUAGCCCAGCCACCUCCCCGACCUCGGUGGGCAGCCGCGAGAGCCUCGAGACCGAGUGGGGCCAGUACUGGGAUGAGGAGAGCCGCAGGGUGUCCUCCUACAGCCCCCUGACCGGGGAGACCGCCUGGGAGGACCCCGAGGACGACGAGCUGGAGAUGCAGCCGAGCCUGAGCCCUGGCAGCCCCAGGGACCAGAGGCCUCCCACCCCCGACACGGACUACCCCGAGUUGCUGACCAGUUACCCGGAGGAAGACUAUUCCCCCGUGGGCUCCCUCCGUGAGCCCGGCGCCACCUCUCCCUUGACCACAUCCCCUGGCUGGUCUUGUCACAUCAGCCAGGACAAGCAGACGCUUUACACCAACCACUUCACCCAAGAGCAGUGGGUGAGGUUGGAGGACCAGCACGGGAAACCACACUUCUACAACCCAGACGACUCCUCCGUCCGGUGGGAGCUGCCCCAGGUCCCUGUCCCUGCCCCUCAAAGCAUCUGCAAAUCCAGCCAGGACAGUGACGCUCCAGCCCAGGCCAGCCCCCCUGAGGGGAAGGUAAUGGCAGAGGUGGGUAAUGUUGGGAAGUGGGAAGGAAUUUCUCCUGCUGCUGCUGCUGUGGGAAUCAAGACCCUGGACAAGGCAGGGGUGCUGCAUCGCACCAGGACGGUGGACAAGGGAAAGCGGCUCCGGAAGAAGCACUGGAGUGCCUCGUGGACAGUGCUGGAGGGUGGUGUCCUGACAUUCUUCAAGGACUCAAAGACCUCAACUGCAGUCGGCCUGAGGCAGCCUUCCAAGUUCUCCACUCCUGAGUACACAGUGGAGUCUCUCUCUGGGCCCUCUCUCUCCUGGGCCCCCAAAGACAAAUCCAGCAAGAAGAAUGUGCUAGAGCUACGGAGCCACGAUGGCUCGGAGUACCUGAUCCAGCACGACUCAGAGGCCAUCACCAGCACCUGGCACAAGGCCAUCGCCCAGGGCAUCCAGGAGCUGUCUGCAGACUUGCCCCCGGCAGAGGAAAGUGAGAGCGGCAGUGUGGACUUCGGGUCUAGUGAGCUCCUGGGAAGCUGGCAGGAGAAAGAGGAUGACACGCGGCUGAGUCCAGGUGUGUGCAGGGGACAGGGUGGGGAGCAUCCCGGAGACCUCUCUUAG